AUGGCGCUGAAUAAAUUCAUGCAUCCAAGAAACUUGUACAGAAAUAAGAAACCAGAUUUUGCAUCACUGGCUUUGAAAUACCCUGAAUUCAAAGAAUUAUCUAGUCAAGAUUUUAAUGGGAAAGUGACACUAGAUUUUAAAAAUCCAGAGAGUGUCAGAAUAUUAACUCAAACAUUAUUAAAAGAAGAUUUUAAUCUAGAUAUUGAAAUACCCACUGAUAGACUAGUACCAACUCUGUCUUCUAGAUUAAACUAUAUACAUUGGAUAGAAGAUAUGUUUAGUGAUCAGUAUGAAGGUUUAAAUGGAAUUGAUAUUGGAACUGGAUCGUCAUGUAUUUAUGCCAUAUUAGGCUGUAAAUUAAAUAACUGGUCAUUCCUUGCCACAGAAAUAGAUGAAAAAAACUAUGAAUAUGCUUGUCAAAAUGUUGCAAGAAAUAACAUGGAAGAGAAAAUUAAAGUAAUUAAAGUAGAAGAGAAUAGUGGAUUACCAGAAACUAUUAUUAAAGAUUCUGGUAAAAAGUUUGAUUUUAUCAUGUGUAACCCUCCAUUUUUUGCUGAUCAUAUGGAAGCCCAGGCUGUCAGCACCUCACGAAAGAUAGACAGACCUGACCCACCAUCUUUAAAUACAGCAGAAGAUUGUGAGAGUAUUAUUCAUGGAGGAGAGGCAGCCUUUAUAAAGCAAAUGAUCAUUGACUCUUUUAAAUUAAAGGAUAAAAUCAAAGUAUUUUCAUCAAUGGUGGGGAAGAAACUCAAUGUAGCAGUGAUCAAGGACGAACUUAAAAGACAACAGAUAAAGAAUCGUUCUACAACUGAGUUUUGUCAAGGUAAAACUAUGAGAUGGGGAGUAGCUUGGAGUUUUGACGAAACUGUUCAAUUUCCAGUAAGUUCACAGUUAUAA